AUGGAAACAUUCCCUAAAGAAGUUCAAGAAAUUAUCAUUGAUACUCUCUUUGAAAUGGGAGAACAUGCUUCAGAAGUAACUUCUGUCAUGGAAAAAAGUGAUAGACCUAAAUUAUUUAUGGUAGAUGGAAUAUUACAACAACCUUUUGUAAGUAAGAAAAAUUUAAGAUCAGCAAGAAAAUUAGUUCCAAGAGAUGAUGAUGUUUUUGUUGUUACUACACCAAAAUCUGGUACAACAUGGAAUCUUUUUAUAUGCUUAAAUUUGCUUAAAAUUGAUUAUAUGGAAGGAACUCAAGAAAUGUUUACUGAUGCUCCAUUUCUUGAAAGUUUUCCUUUAGAAGUUCUUGAUUUAUUUCCAGUACAAAGAAUUUUUAAAACACAUUUUUUCUAUGAUUGGAUACCAAAAAGUAAAAAAGCUAAAUACAUUUAUACUGUUAGAAAUCCAAAAGACGUCUUAAUUAGUUAUUAUCAUCAUAUAAGAAAUAUGAAAAUAAAUGAUUGGGAGGAUGGUGAUUUUAAUGUUAUGUUUGAAAUGUUUUUAAAUGAUGAAAUUGAAAGUGGUGGUUAUUUUAUGCAUGUAAAGUCAUGGCUUCCUCAUAUCAAUGAUGAAAAUGUUUUAUUUUUAGUUUAUGAAGAUAUGUGUAAAGAUUUGAAGUCAAAUAUUAUUAAAAUUGCCAAAUUUUUAGGUGGUAAUGCAAAUAGAAUUUUAGAAGAUUCAAAAUUACUUGAUAAAGUUGUUGAUGUAUGUACUUUUAAGUCAAUGCAUGAAAAAAAUGAAAUAUUUUCAAGUGAUAUUACAAUGAGGACAAAAACAUUCAUCAGGAAAGGAGGUUCCAAAAAUUGGAAAAAUUAUUUAACAAAAGAACAAUCUGAUUUAAUUGAUAAAAAGUUUUAUGAAUACUUUAAAGGAACAAUUUUAGAAAAUUUGUGGAUUGAUGAAAUGUCAUGGAAUUAA